AUGCUCGGCUCCAAAACCCUCAUUUUGGCUUCGACUUACCCCGCCGACCUCUCACCGCCACCCACUAGUCGUCGCUACCGCUUACGCCGCCGCUUCAUUACAGCACUGCAUCUCCUGAGCCUGCUGGCCAGCUUGAUGAGUAUUUCACUCUUUUCUGCCGCUAUUCCCCGAUGGAACGCCAAUUUCUUCCAUAAUACAGGGCCUAACCGGGGCGACUGGACCGAUGGCAUGCCUCUAGGACCCCUGGCGUUCGCCUUCCUCUAUCACGCGAUCGUCCUGAUCCAGGUCCGAAUACAAAAGAACUCACGAUCGAUGGGGGACUCGAGUCAUCACCCCUCGCUUUCCCGACAAUCCCUGAUCAUCCGUACAUCCGCCCCCAUCCUGGUACUUCUCAGCCUUCUUCCGGCCCUGUUUCUCGCAGGGUACGGUUCCUUGUUUCGGCUCUGGCAGCCUGCAGUACACACUCAGUCCGGGAUCCUCGUAUGCAACAUGCUGAAUGUUUUUGCUCGGGAAU